GCCCCCUCAUUUGAUAAACAACGGAGGCUUUGACAAACCGAGUGGCUUCCACGCGCUGUCCGGCGAGCCCCGGUCGUGAAUUUUCUUGAGCACAGAGAGGUCCAAGAUGCAGGCAGGAAAGCCCGUCCUCUAUUCUUACUUCCGAAGCUCUUGUUCCUGGAGAGUUCGAAUAGCUCUGGCUCUCAAGGGGAUUGACUAUGACAUCUUUCCCAUUAGCCUCAUAAAGGACGGAGGGCAGCAGUUUACUAAGGAAUUCCAGACACUGAACCCCAUGAGUCAAGUGCCAGUCCUGAAGAUUGAUGGCAUUACCCUUACUCAAUCACUGGCCAUCAUUGAGUAUCUGGAAGAGACACGACCGACACCCGUCAGACUCCUGCCACAAGACCCCAAGAAAAGAGCCAGCGCUCGAAUGAUCUCAGAUAUCAUUAGUAGUGGAAUUCAACCCCUGCAGAACUUAUAUGUCCUGAAGCAAAUGAGCCAAGAGACCCAGCUGACAUGGGCGCAAGGAGUCAUCAGCUCUGGCUUUGGAGCCCUAGAGCACAUCCUGCAGAGCACAGCAGGGAAGUACUGCGUUGGAGAUGAGAUCUCCAUGGCUGACUUAUGCCUGGUGCCUCAGGUGGCUAAUGCUGAGAGGUUUAAGGUGGACCUCUCCCCAUAUCCCACCAUCAACCGCCUCAACAAGGCCUUGCUCACCAUGGAGGCUUUCCAAGUGAGCCACCCUUCUCGGCAGCCUGACACCCCUCCAGAACUUCGGGCCUAAAUCCUGGCCUGUCCACCGAGUGUGAGCUGCAGUUUUAAUGCCACAAAGAUGAAUCAACCAUGCUUAGUGAAAUGAGCCCUGGCUUGGAAGCUGAGAGAUCCAGGGUGGAACUCUAGUUUUGCCAACCACGGAAUUCCUCUGGACCUCAGUUUCCUCUUCUGUCAAAUCUGAAGGUCAAUAAUACCUGUUCUGCCUAUUUCAUAGGGUUACAGAGAUCAGAAUCAAUGCCAUCAUUUAAGUAAAAUGCUUGGAAGAUCAUGAAGUGCUGAAUAAAUAAAUGAAUAAAUAAAUAAAUGAGCCUCCUCUCUCUG